CAUACUUGCUGGAUCAAACCAGGGAGAUAGAUCCCACUGCAAAUUUGCUGAUGGUGAUGAUGCUGAUGGUGAAGAAAACAUGGAAAUGCUCUUCCUUGCUCCACCCCAAAUUACUGAGAAUUUCUCCACACCUUGGGAUGUGUUAAUGGGUUUUUUUCCUAGCAUGGAGGAUGAAUUAAUGCUGAUGGGCUUCCUCCAGGUCUCCACCUUCGCUCCAGCCCAUCGUGGUGUGUGAAGGCAGGUCCUUACCUCAGGGAGCACCCUGAAACCUUCCCUGCUGCUCCUGUUUGCUUUGCUUCAUGCCGCGACACGCCGGAGUGCUUUUCCUGCAGGGGAAGGACCCGCUGGCUGGUGUGUGUGGUGUCGCAAUGUUUGUAGAGAUCGGUCCUGCCUCCGGCUGCAUCUCACCAGCCCUUUGGCUGCUGCUAGCUGUGGGCUCUGCAGCGUGACGGGACAUGGAUGCAGAAGGCUGGUGCUGGAUGAAGUCUUGCUGUCAGGACAUCUGCUCUGGCCUUCGAGAAGGGUCAGAGGAGCAGCCUGACUUCUGCUCCAUGUACUGCUUUUUGGAGACAGGAGGAUUCACGGAUCCAUCUGCACACCAGGGCUACUCCACACCUGCAGCUCUGCAGAGAAGCAGCAGAUUGUUGUCCCUGUUUGUGUCCCCUUAGGAGGGAGCCAGGCAUCCCUUCUGCUGUGGGACUGGAGGCUGAGGACAGGACAACCUCAAAUCCUCUCCCAUUUUUGGGUUUUUCUUUUCCUCCCUUGCUUGCCACGGUGUGUUUGCUAGGACUGUGUGCUGUGGGACUGCCUGAGCGUCACAAGUGGUGCCACCAGGGCUGGGGCUGAGCACAGUGUUGCUGGCAGAGAUGGGGUGACUGUGCCACAUCGCCCGCACCCCACGAGUCUGGGGGGUGUCCAGGGAAGAUGGAUCCACACCCUGAGCCAUGCAGUCAGUCUCACUGGGUACCCUGGCUGAAAAUCCUGUGUCACAAGGGUCCUUUUCUCUGGGGGAGCCCAGCAGGACACACCAGAUGCAGACUCCUCCAGCCAGCCUGCGGAAUUGCUGGGAUUCUUGCCUUUCCUCCCCCAAAAUGACACGGGCUGAUCCAUCUGCCAUCAGUAGCUGGCGCCAGGGAGGUGACAGGGUCCACUGACACAGCAAGAAGCCCCCCCAGCUCAUGAGAGACACCAUUUCACUCCCAAGGGGUGAGAACAUCCCUCGUAGAUUUAGGUUUUGCAGAAGUACCUGGGUGCUGGGGCAGCUCUGCAAGGCCUGGCUUAGGGAGGGAGUCCCCGACAUUCCCAGCAGUGCCCACACACUCCUGUAGUUAUUUGCUUAAAGCCCCAGCUCCUGGAGUGACGCCACCCAUGGAGGAGCUCGCCUUUUGCUGAAGACAUUGCUGUCACGGGCAAUUCAUGAAGAAGUUUGCAAGGGAGCACAGUGCGGAGAAAAAGGCAGGUAUGCAAAUAAAAUACCCUUGUGCUUUUGUUUUUGUUUUGUUUUUAUCCAGAAGGAGGUUUUGGAGAGAGGACUGAUAGAUUUGUGCUGUGCACAUUGCAUGUUGUGGGGCUUCCCAGCUCCCACCAAGGGGUGGUACGAGUGCUCCAGCAAAAGGAGACCCCAGGGAGGGGGUCCUUGCAGGGACCCCUCUGGCCCCAACCUUUGGAGGUGACAAGACCCCUCUGGCUGCACCAGGGCUAUGAGUUCGGUUGUACCAAGCCCUGAAGAUGCAUCUUGUAGGGCCCCCAUGUCAACCCACCUGUGGUGGAGCUGGGUGCAGGGAUGGUGGAGAGGGGACAAAUUCCCCCUCUGUAGGGGUUGUGAACAACUCGGGAUGCUGAAGAGCUACUCUCUUACCCCCGCCCUCCCCAGAGCCAGGGACCCUGGGGGAAAACCCACUCGGAGGGGUUGGGGCAGGAGGAACAGGGCUGCAGGCAGUAGAAUGGGCCCUGAAGGGUUAAUGGGGAGUGUUUGCAGCCGGUCCCUUGUCACCAAGGAGAAGGGAACAGCACUUGGGAAGGAAACAAAACACCCACUGCCCAGGAGGGCGAUUUCCUUUUCAACUGCGAAGGGCUCCAGUGCUGGGACAGUGUCACCAGUGUCACUGUCCUGGGUGGCAGAGAGCAAGUGGCACCGGUCUUAUGGCAAAAUGUGGGGGACACCGUGUGCCACUGUGCGGAGCAUCCGUCCCUAUGGGUCCAGUGAGCAGUACCUCUACGCCAUGAAGGAGGACUUGGCCGAGUGGCUGAAGGAGCUGUAUGGCCUGGACAUUGAGGUGGGCACCUUCAUGGAGGUGCUGGAGACGGGGGCCGUGCUCUGCUCCCAUGCCAACAACGUCACCCACGAGGCUGGGGAGUUCGCCCGUGCCUGCCCCGACGUGGCCCGUCACCUCCGCCUGCCCGCUGCCAGAGUCGCCUGCAACCCCGUGGCACAGCCAGGCACCUUCCAGGCCAGGGACAACGUCUCCAACUUCAUCCAGUGGUGCAGGAAGGAGAUGGAUAUUAAAGACGUUCUGAUGUUCGAGACAGAGGACCUGGUGCUGAGGAAGAAUGAGAAGAACUUCGUGCUGUGCCUGCUGGAGCUGGCACGCCGUGCUGCCCGCUUCGGCAUGCGCGCUCCGACCCUCGUGCAGAUGGAGGAGGAGAUCGAGGAGGAGAUCCGCCAGGAGCUGGACCUGCCACACGCAGACAGACCCCUGUCUCGUCCCCCCCGAAAACCACGGGACCUCCACAACCUCGACCAGAUGGUCCAGCACCUGGUGAGCCGCUGUACCUGCCCCAUCCAGUUCCCCAUGAUCAAGAUAUCAGAAGGGAAGUACCGCGUGGGAGACUCCGACACUCUCAUCUUUGUCCGGAUCCUGCGAGAGCACAUCAUGGUGCGGGUCGGGGGCGGCUGGGACACGCUGGAGCACUACCUGGACAAGCACGACCCGUGUCGCUGCACCUCGCUCUCUCAUAAACAAGCCUGGAAAAGCAAGAGCCCCCAGCAGCCAGUGCAACACGAGAUCCAUCUGUGCUCGGCCCCACAGACCUGCGGCCAGCCCCAGCCCCGACUGCUGGUCAGCCGCUCACAGAGCCCCCUGCCCCCUGUCACCUGGGGGUCCCGUGUCCCCUCUGGCCCCCGCUCCCCUGCCACCCCCUCGCUGGGUGACAGCCCUCGCCGGGAGCCAGCACGGCCCCAGAGGGUCCCUUUGGGCAGGACACAGGAGUCACCAGCCACCCUUUCAGGGAGGCAGCCGCCACCGUCCGUGUCACCCACUCGACCCAGCUCCCACGGCUGUAGGGCGAUGUGCCGGGCACCCACCCCUUCCCGGCUGGUCCCCCGCACACAGGACAGUGUGGGGGUCCCCAAGGCGCUGUGUGGGAGCACCCCAGGGAAAACUCCUAUGGCAUCGAUGCGGGGACGGUCCCCAGCACCCAGCAGCCGGCUGACCUCUGCACCUCCAAAAAGCACCCAGCAAGGAGGCAAAUUGUCGGUGGUGGCUGCCAAACCACAGGACAGGGAGGUCCCUGCUGCAGCAACACCCCGUGCCCCCAGCCCCAUCAAGGUCCGUGCCCCCUCCCCGCACCGGGAUUCCCGGGGAGACUCACAGAACUGGAAAAGCCCACAGGAAGGGAGACAGGGAGCCCUUGGCUGCAGCCAAUUGCCCUCACCCCAAAAUUCCUCCAGCCAGCUUCUGAAACAGAACAGCAGCAUUAAACCUCCCACCAAAGCCAGCCCAGCUAUCGACCGGGCCCCCACCCCUCUGGCCCAUUUUGCAAAUGGGUGCAAGGGCUGUGAUGCUGGGAGGGUUCCCCAGGGGACCCAGAGAUGCCACCCGGCCACCAGCCCACAGACUGGGGGUGUCAAUGGCUCCAAGGGGCCAGCAGACGAACCAGAGGGAGCCUGUGGCCCCGGUGGGGGGUGCGAGAGGCUCCAGGGGUGCUGGGGCCAAAUGCGGCCCCCUGGCUACAGCAAGGUGGUGGAGGAGCUCUCCCAUGGGUGGCAGCCCCUGCGUCCUGUGGGGCUGGGCAGCUGGGUCCCCAAAACACCCCCACAAACCAUCCCGCAGCCCACUGCCCCCCUAGUCGGAGGGGAGGCUGAGGGGUCUGGAGUGAGGGGUCAGACCCCGCGGGGAGCCAGGGCCAGCAACGUCCCCAAGCCUCGUCGGUGCCUGAAGAAACCCGAGCGUGUGCCCUCCAUCUAUAAGCUGAAGCUGCGGCCCAAGGCACGUCCCCGGCGGGACCACAGACCGGGAAAGAGCCCCUCGCGCAUCCCUCGCCCUGCCAUCCACCAUGGUCAGCAUUGCCCCCCACGACCCUCCAGGCACCCCCAGCCUGGCCGUGUGCACUCUGGGGCCAAGGACUCGCCAGUCGACAGCGGCGCCUGGCUGACCGAGGAUGAUGAGGAGGCGUGGGUCUGACCCCCACCCCCAGUUUCGGCAGGGAUGGACCCCUCACUUGUCUGAAGGUGGGAGCGAUGCUGAAGCCGGAGCUGUGGUGCCUGGGGUCAGCAUGAUAGAUUUGCUUCUGGGUGACCUGGGAGUCCCCUCUUUGCUCUUCAGAACUGUAUCACCUUUCCAGAGGUAUUAUAUUUUGGACUGGUAAUUGUCUUCAUAAACAGGCAUUCUCAUACUGGUUUGGGUGGAAAAAUCCAGCUCCAAAUCAAGAGAAUGGGGCACUUUUUUGCAGGGAAGAGGGGUGCAGCUGGCCCCUAUCUGAUAUCCAAGCGUGCAAACCAUCUUGUACCUUGAUCUUCCUCAUCUGUAUAAUGGGACUAACGAUCCAUGUGUCUUACAGCACCAAAGCCUUGAUGAGUGCUUGAGUCACUCAGGUCAGAGGACUCACCGGAGGUGACACUUACUGAGCCCCACGGGCUUCUUUAUGGCCAGAGGUGGGACACCUGGGUGGAGCAGGUGGUCACCUUGGUGGCGAUGGUCAGGUUGAUGGAUGUCACCAAGGUCUGCAGCCAUGGACCUGGCAAUAUUGUUUAUGCAAUAGAGAUGUACCAAAG